AAGUUUCACUUGAGCACCUAUCCUUUGAUUGCAAGUGGCUGCUUUAUUAGCCAUUCCUUGACAAGGUGGGGUAUGCAUUCUCAAACAACUGCUUAAUCCUUGAGAGAGGCCUCUAGGACAAUACCAUGUGAUCUCUCAUGUAGUGAUGUGUAUGUAUGCAUUCCUAUCAUUUUCAAAAAUAUUUAAUCUUAGAAAUAGUUUUCCAGAGAAUCAUAAAAUCUAUAAAUACACUUGCUCUUGCCUUCAAAAACAACACAACUCAUUGGCAAUCUUAAGUGUCAAACACUUAAAAGCACAUUCUUCUUAAACUUGGGAACUUUUCCUUGCUGUUAUUCUUACAUACAUCUUUAAAAAAAUGGGUUUCCGUUUACCUGUUAUUCGAAGGACAUCAUCAUUCUCAGCUAGCCAAGCAGCUUCAAAAUCUGUGGAAGUCCCAAAGGGGCAUCUAGCAGUGUAUGUCGGAGAGAAACAGAAGCGGUUUGUGAUCCCCGUUUCAUACUUGAACCAACCUUCAAUCCAAGACUUGUUGAGCCAAGUUGAGGAAGAGUUUGGAUAUGAUCAUCCUAUGGGAGGUCUAACAAUUCCAUAUCAGUCUUACAUUUUUUCAUCAACACAUACAAAAAUGGGUUUUCGUUUUGCUGGUAUCAGAAGAAAGCUAUCAUUUAAUUCAAACCAAACAUCUUCAAAGGCUUUGGAAGUCCCAAAAGGCUAUCUUGCUGUCUAUGUUGGAGAGAACAUGAAGUGGUUUGUGAUUCCCAUUUCGUAUUUGAACCAGACUUCAUUUCAAGAAUUACUAAGCCAAGCAGAAGAAGAAUUCGGAUAUGAUCAUCCAAUGGGUGGUCUCACUAUUCCAUGCAGUGAGGAAGCCUUCUUGGACCUCACUUCUUGCUUCAACUGACCAUAUGUAAUUCUAAAGGAGACUGACAUAGAUUAGUUGAGAGACAAUUUUGUAGUGAAAGCUAGUAGUUAUCAUCUCACUGAGAUGCCAUAGAUGUAAAUAUCAGAAUUUUUUUUCACAAUUUCAAUGAAUUUAUACACUUCAUCAUUAAAUAUGUAUAGACUCAAUUACUUUGGUGUAUUCUCUUCAAUUAUAUUUAUUCCUUCGUUGUGCUGCUGCUACUGUUUUAUUAAAAGAAGUCUAUUUAUACUCGAAUGCUGCAGAGUUUUACUUUCUAAAGCACAUCAGCACUCCACCAUGUGAAUUAGUGAAAUGAAGGAGAAGCAUAUGGUAAAGUUAACUGGAUUCAAGUUUGAAUUUUGGAUAAUUCAAUGCAUUUUGAAGUGUGGUCUUUUGUUGUAGAUACACUAAGUUAUUUCUCUAGAAUACUAAGAAAGUAGUGCCAUUGAUGAAAUCCAAAUUAUAUCAUUCUCUGCAGCAACUUCUUCUAUUUGAGAGAUGUAGUUCUUGUAAGUCUCUUAAAGUCCCUAACUGUUGUUGUAUAGGACCUUCGAUUCGGUUUGAAGCAAGUGAAAGAAAUGUUAGAUUCUUGAAUUCACCCAACUUAGAACGAAUGGUAGCGCUAAGAGAAUUGAAGGAAACAUCAAGAACUAUGAGUUGAGUAAGACUUGAAAGUGAUCUUGGAAGCUUUCCAUGAAGAUUAUUAUAGGACAGAUCAAGAGUGACAAGUUUCGAAAGAGUACCUAUCUUGGCAGCGAUGAUUCCAGUGAGGCACAUGAGGUAGGUACAGACUGACUAAAUUGGAAAAUGCAGUGAGGUUCAAGUUCUGAAGCUUCAAUAAUGAUGGGGAAGGUUGAAAGGGCAGUAGUGUGCACCCAUUUGUGCACUAAACAGAUUUAUUAGACAACUGAGCAAAUCAUUGAUGUUCUUGAAAUUCUAUUAACAUGAGGACUAAACUUUAUUAGACAACCCUCAAAGCUUCUGCUUCUAUAUAUAUAUAUUAUUUUUAAAACAACGGCAUGGAACUAUGGAAGUGCUUCUUCCUUUAAUUUCCUAAGAGUCCUGGCCUAAACAGAUUUACAAGAGUGGUUUCAAACCACUGUUAAGAAACUGUAACUUAAAUGUUUGAAGGAAAUGAAUCAUCAAAUUUGGCAAAAGUCAAACUUAGAUAGCCUAACAUAUUUUAAGUUUUCAAUAGGAACUUAAUUCUGAUAUUGUUGCAUAAAUAGGAGAUAAUAAAGAUUCAAACAAAAGGCAAAAGGAGGUUUUAACAAUGAGAUGCAAUAACUUUCUCAUUCAUAUAAUUUUUUUACACUUCCAAAGGAAUUAUAAAAGGAAAAAUCAAAAUGGACAAUCUCCAAAGUUAAAAAAAAAGAGCCUUCUGUACAAAAUUUGUCUCAACUAAUCUAUGUCAAUCCCUGUUAGUUGUUUAUUGGCCACCGAACAGAGAACUGAGAUUUAAGAACUCAUCCUCACUGCAUGGAAUUGUGAGACCACCGGUUGGAUGAUCAUAUCCGAAUUCUUCUUCUGCUUGGUUUAGUAAUUCUUGAAAUGAAGUCUGGUUCAAGUAACAUACAGGAAUCACAAACCGCCUCAUCUUAUCUCCCACAUAGACUGCAAGAUAGCCUUUUGGAACAUUAGUCCCUUUUGAUGCAGAAAGUGAUGCCUUUCUAAUACCUGGAAUGCGGAAAG